UGAAGCUGGCGCUGUGAGCUGCUCUGUGGCCAGCAGGUAACCUCAUUCAAACUGUUUGCGUCCCCUCUCUGCAACCCAUCCCCAGCCCAGUUGCCCCAGAUCUCCCUUAAACUCACCCCCAAACCCCUGUCUCUGCUUCAGCUCCCAUCCCAGGGUCCAAGAGAGUGAUGCUCUCCAGAGGAAAUCGCCGCCUGGCUCCACCGGCGAGGAAUUGAGUUGUAGCAGGAAUUGGCAGCAAUUUUGCAUUCCUCCUUCUCCCGCAUUCCCCCUCUCCUUCCCUCCUCCCUUUUCCCACCGCUCUCCUGAGAGCCUCCGAGGCCAGUGCCCGCCUUUGAGGGCUUUUGUAUGUGUGCCGAGUCCAGCCCGCUCACUGUAAUGCAGAGGCCGCUGGGGACCAGUACCGCCUUCAGCAUAGACUCACUGAUAGGCACCAACCCCGCUCCCAGCACCGGCCACUUCGUCUACACCGGCUACCCCAUGUUCAUGCCUUACCGGCCAGUGGUGCUGCCACCGCCGCCGCCUGCAGCUCUAGCCCAGCCGUCUCUGCAACACAGCCUGCACGCCGUGCCCCCAGGCCAAUCCCCCCACCCUCACUCUCACCCGGUCAGCAACCUCGCCGGCUCUCUCUCCAACGGUUUCUGCACUAGUCUGGGCCAAGGUAUGGCGGUCACUACCCUCAUGGCCACUCUGCCGGGCACCGGGGAGGGCAGCCGCAGUUUCCCGUCCAACCAGCACCAGGAGCCGGCGAGGAAAUUUCUGCAAGCCGCCCUGGGCAGCGGCCUGGACAAGGCGGAAAGCGGGCGGCAGCAGGACGGGGAGGAAGCUAAGGCGUUCCUGUGCAAGGACAGCUCGGCUAUCUCCUUCCCUGCGACGGAGACGGCGCACGCCGUGAUCGGUGCUGUCACCUCCGGCAGGGCUGAAGGGAAGGACGAUUUGAAGGCAGCAGACGAUGACUGCCGGAGUAAGGAGGAGAGUUUCUCCAUGGACAGUGAUCUCGAUUACAGCUCCGACGAGAACGGCGCGGCGCCGGCCCUUCACAAAGUAGAGGACGCGUGCCCGGCUCUGGUGGAAGAGAGCUCGCACAGUCACGCCGCCACUCCGACCAGCAACACGGCGGGCAACGGCAACAGCAGCAAAAACCGGAGGAGGAGAACGGCUUUCACCAGCGAGCAGCUCCUGGAGCUGGAGAAGGAGUUCCACUGUAAGAAAUACCUGUCGCUCACCGAGAGGUCCCAGAUCGCCCACUCCCUCAAACUCAGCGAGGUGCAGGUAAAAAUCUGGUUCCAGAACAGGCGGGCCAAGUGGAAACGGGUGAAAGCUGGCAAUGCCAACUCCAAAUCCGGGGAACCGUCCAGGAAUCCCAAGAUUGUGGUUCCCAUACCCGUGCACGUGAGCAGGUUUGCCAUCAGGAGUCAGCACCAACAGUUGGAGCAACCCAGACCUUAAAAAAGGAACUUUCAAACACUUUACAAGACUUAUUUUUGAAAAAAAAAGACGCACACACAAAAGGACAAAACGAUUUCGUUUUCUGAGUGAGAAUCGAAGACUUGCCAAUGGACAGACUUCACUAUUUAUUAUAAAUGAUUAAGUAUACUCUGUUUGUAUAUAAGUACUGAGAGAGAAAAAAAUGCAUCAGCUAUAUACAGUAUUUUGACUGUUUUGUGGACCAAAACUUUGUACAGUGAGAAUUGCACAAUGCUCAACAUUCUGGAGAGAUGGGACCGCCAUAACCUCACCAUUUAGCUCAGCUCAAAACAUUGUUCUUUCACCCGUUUGCAUUGUUCCAUCAAAUGCCAAAAGGUAAAUUUCCGUAAAAUAUUGCUAUUUAAUACUUUAUUUUCUAAAACAAAAAUCUGUAAUCGCAGACCUUUCCAUUGUGAUAGAUCUUUGUGGGGGGUUUCCCCCCACUAUUCUUUAUAAUACUUUCUGUUUGUUCCCAGUAGAAUUUGCUUUCCAAGUUGCGGCUCCUGUUUUCAACGAGAAGAGAAAUGUGUGUGUGUGUGUGUGUGUGUGUGUGUGUGUGUACAUAUGUAAA